AUGCCGCACGCCAAGCGCCGCUGCCCGCCGGCGCGCUCCGCCGGCGCCUGGGAGCGCGUCAUGUCCAUGGCCCUGCAGUGCUGCGUGACGAUCGCCGUUCUUGUCUCCUUCGCCGCGUUCCUCAUCAUGAUGCCGUUCGUCUUGGCCGUGCGCGACUUGCGCCGGCAGGCCAGGCGGUACCGUUCCUUCUCGCCCAACGACCACCCGCCGCCGCCACCGCCGCGGCAGCUCGCGUCAUUUCAAAUCAGCCGCCUCCCAAGCUUCGAGUCGUCCCCGUUCGAUCGAACCUCGGCCUGCGUCGUGUGCCUCGAGUCGUCGCGCGGCGGCGAGCGGUGGCGCGCGCUGCCCCCCUGCGGCCACGCGUUCCACACCGCCUGCGUCGACCCGUGGCUCCUCCUGUCGCCCGUGUGCCCUGUCUGUCGCGCUACCGUAGCAAUCCUCCCAAGAAGCGAAUCCCAGGCGGGAGACGGCAUCGAGAAACAGCCUCUGUCCCUCUACCUCAGUCCACCUCAUGCUGGCCUCCAGCGUCAUCUUGGGAUGUAA